GAUAAGUGAAAUCACCCAGUGGCGAAACGACUGUUAACAAAAACAGACAAAGACAAAGCAAUCUAUGUGAUAAAAAAAGAAAAAGAAGAACAGUGAAAUCUGUAUUUUAAAUCAAGUGAUAGUUCCAAAAUAAGUUAAAAUGGUGUCCGUACAAACGAUUGCGACGAUAGUGGUGAAAACCUUCAAAGUUGUCCUAAACAUCAUAAUCCUGGUGCUGUACCGCACGGGGUAUAAUGGGGAGUUCCUCGGAGUGGGAGGAACGUGGAACCUCAACGAGGAGAAGAAUCCGGACGCUGAGAUAGUUGCUUCUGGAGUCAUUGUGGGAUACCUCAUCUACACAUUGGUGCAAAUCGUCACAUACCUCUUCGGCACUACAGAGCAUAAAAGAGCCCUGUCAGAGGUGGUGAUGAACUUCGUGGGUGUGUUCAUGUGGCUGGCUGUGGGCGCGGUGGCGCUGCACUACUGGGGCGGAUACCAGGGAGAACACCAGUUCCAAUUUGUCUUUGCAGAGAAACAGGUGGGCAUUGCCGUCGGAGCGCUCUGCGUCAUCCAGGGAGCGGUGUACCUGCUCGACACGGCCCUCUCCGUCAUACAUUACGCAAAGGAGAUGUAAACACACACCUUUUAGCUUGAGUAGCCAGAGCCAACUGUUUUUUAGGAAAUUAUAGAAAGUCCACUGAAGAAGCCAACUUCUACGUCUUCACAGCUUCGAGUGUUUUAAGUCAAUUUGACGUACAAAAUAGUUUAUUUGAAUAUCGAAGCGGAUUCGAAAACAAAUGACGAACGAUACAUAUUUUGCGUCACGUAAAUUUUAUUGUAUCUACAUAAUUAUUAAUUACGCACGUGGUGCAUGGUAAUUUCUUAAAACUAUAAACAUUAAUAAUAAAUAUUUUAGUAAAUUAUUAUAGUUAUCCUUAUUGAGAGUGUUAUUGGCUUUUACUAUGUUGGUUGUUAACUCAAAGCUUUAUUUAAAUUUAGAUUAAGUAUUUUCGAAAACAUUCACCCUUGACUUAUUUACAGUUUCCCACCUUCUGAUAGUUAAGUUCAUAAGUUAACUUUUGUAUGUGCCAGAAUUAUUUUUAAUGUAUGACGUUAUUUUGAAAUAAAUUUAAUAACAACUAAAA